AUCUCUUCCAUGGUGGCCCAGUUUCAACUCCAGCGAGCUCCGGCAACUCUCUCUAAGGUAUAGAAGAGGCUGUGAGACUUGGGGGACAAGAGACAGGGGUAGCUCUGGAGUCUCGGUCUUUAUCCGCUCAUGUUGCGGCAUCUUUAGGGACAUUGAAGCAUGAUUGAAGAUGCUACCAAAUAGUGAAGUGUGAACUCUUAAUUAUUGAGCACCCAUUAGCUUUUAGUAUAAAGAGAUGUCAACUAGUGUGGCUAACUUGAUUCUUAAGCCAUAAAAUAAUUAAAGUACAACUGAAGGUUGGAGAUAGGAUAUAUAAAGUGUAGGCAUAGAGAGAGUGAAGAGGAAAGUGUGUGCAAUCUGCAAUGUGUUUCUCAUUGAGAGCCUUUUCUACUUCCAUUAUCAGCAAUUCUAAAGUGUACAACAGCAACAACAAUAAUGCCAGUACCUCCCCAUCCCACACGGUGGACGCAAAGUUCAUGAAACGUGCGGCUGAGCUAGCAGACAAAUCUGCUGGGUUCACUGCCCCACAUCCGAACUUCGGCUGUGUGAUUGUCAGUCCCGGCAAUGCAGGAGUGGUCGGAGAGGGUUAUUUGUACGCGCAGGGUACCAAGGCCGCCGAAUUGCAGGCUGUGGAGGCCGCCGGCGCAUGGUGUAAAGGCGCCACCGCUUAUAUCAAUAUGGAACCUGGUGAUUGCCAUGGAGAUCAAACAGGUGUGUCCGCCCUCAUCAGGGUCAAGAAAGGAGAUGGAGAGCCACAAACCUACUUUCCUGUGCCGGAGGAGAACCAGAAAGAAGUAGACUUUGAUCCAUGGCCGGGUGCAAAGGAGAAUAGAAGUGGAAAUUGUCUUAGAGUGACCAGAUUUUCAAAUAUUGGUUCUAGAAUGGGUCUGGUUAUUCUUAGAGGUGAUGACGAUAGAGGAUGGGUCACCUUUGCAGGAUUGCUUGGAAAGGCUGGAAUUAGUAGGGUCGUUGUUGGGAUCAGGCAUCCUUUGGAAAAUCUUCGGGGCGAUGCUAUCCGUGCAUUGAGAAGCGAAGGACUGAAGGUUGAUGUUAUUGGGGAGGAGCUACAGAGUAAAACCAUUGAGGAAGCUUUGAAAUCCUGUCUCGUUGUCAAUGCUCCGUUGCUGUAUAGAAAUGCCUCUCAAGUGCCAUUUUCUGUUCUCAAGUACGCAAUGACUCUUGAUGGAAAGAUUGCUGCUAGUAGUGGACAUGCAUCAUGGAUAAGCAGUAGAAAGUCAAGAACUCGGGUUUUUGAAUUGCGGGGCAGAAGUGAUGCUGUCAUUGUAGGAGGAAAUACUGUGCGCAAAGAUGGUAUGAAUCUUUGUUUGCUGUUACUUUCAAAUGGUGGAGAUGGUCAAAAUCUUAUCAAUGGUUUACUAAUUCAACUUUGGAAUAUAGAUCCAAGGCUUACUGCAAGACAUGGAGGUGGCCAUUUUCCGCUUCGUAUUGUAAUGUCGCAAACUCUAAAUCUUCCUGAGUUAGCAAACCUUUGGGAUGUCACUGAGGUUCCCACAAUAGUUGCCACACAGAGAGGUGCUAGGAAGAGUUUCCAGAAAUUUCUUGCAUCUAAAGGUGUUGAAGUAGUGGAGUUUGACAUGUUGAACCCUAAAGAUGUUAUGGAAUACUUGUACGAUCGUGGUUAUCUCUCAGUUUUGUGGGAGUGUGGAGGCACUUUGGCAGCAUCUGCUAUUUCUUCUGGUGUCAUACACAAGGUAUGCGUUGGUCUUUUCUUUCUAAGUCUAUUAUGA